GCCCCACGCCCAAGAAAGGCGAAGCGGCAUAUUAUCCGCGACGUCUCGUCCCCAACUUGAAAAGUCACCAGAUCAUUCUAUUCCACUUCUGCCGUGAACAAAGCACCUUGCAACGAAUCUACUUGAGUUCCGCAUCGCUUGUCUCGAUACACAUUGCUUCCAGCUUGAACUGAAUCGCUUUGUCCAUCAUGUCCAACUCUCUCGAGCAGCUCAAGGCCACUGGCACGGUUGUUGUCAGCGACUCUGGUGACUUUGCCUCCAUCGGCAAGUACAAGCCCCAGGAUGCCACCACCAACCCGUCCCUGAUCCUCGCCGCGACGAAGAAGCCCGAGUAUGCCGCGCUGCUCGACGCCGCGAUUGCGCGGGCCAAGGAGGAGGGUGGCGACCUCCAGCAUCAGAUUGACUCUGCCCUGGACCACCUCCUCGUCCAGUUCGGCAAGAAGAUCCUCGAGAUCAUCCCCGGCAAGGUCUCCACUGAGGUCGAUGCCGCCUUCUCGUUUGACACGCAGGCGUCCGUCAACAAGGCUCUCCACAUCAUCAAGCUCUACGAGAAGGAGGGCAUUUCCAAGGACCGCGUCCUGAUCAAGAUUGCCUCGACAUGGGAGGGCAUCAAGGCGGCCGAGAUUCUGCAGCGCGACCACGGCGUCAACUGCAACCUGACGCUCAUGUUCUCGAUCGUCCAGGCCAUCGCCGCCGCCGAGGCCGGCGCGUACCUGAUCUCGCCCUUCGUCGGCCGCAUCCUCGACUGGUUCAAGGCUGCGACCAAGAAGGAGUACUCCAAGGAGGACGACCCGGGCGUCGCCAGCGUCAAGAACAUCUUCAACUACUACAAGAAGUUCGGCUACAAGACCAUCGUCAUGGGUGCCUCGUUCCGCAACACGGGCGAGAUCACCGAGCUGGCUGGUUGCGACUACCUGACCAUUUCGCCCGCCCUGCUUGAGGAGCUCCUGAACUCGGACGCCCCGGUCCCCAAGAAGCUCGACGCGGCCGCCGCCAGCUCGCUCAACAUCGAGAAGAAGUCGUACAUCAACCAGGAGGCCAACUUCCGGUUCGACUUCAACGAGGACCAGAUGGCCGUCGAGAAGCUGCGCGAGGGCAUCAGCAAGUUCGCCGCCGACGCCGUCACCCUCAAGGGCAUCAUCAAGGCCAAGCUGCAGCAGUAGAUGGGCGGCGGAGACGGAAAGGGGGUGAAUCUUCACACUGCAUGAUAUGAUGACUCU